CCAGCACUGCAGAUCUGUCUGUCUUCAGGCACUCUCGCUUUUUAGUCUGCCUCUGAAAGACUGAAAGACAAGCAGAGCAGGGAGGACGACAAGUGUGAAACAAAUCCUCACAGCUGAUGCGAAAAGAGGAUAUCUGCCUUUUCACUGAUACCAGCACAGAAUUGAAAUGAAGAUGCCUGAGGCUGGAAGUUAAGAGCCCUCAACCAGAGAGAGCGUGUUCCAGGACUGGGGCUGGACCCAGAGACCCCUGACGGGGGGGGGGUGAGGGCCCUUACAGCCCUGUGUGAGUCUGGACCAUGGGGGAUGGAGGCGCCGGGGCUACUGGAGGAGAUGGGGUGAACCGGUCCCAUGUCCUGUUCGACAACUUUGUCCAGGCAACCACGUGUAAGGGCACGCUCAAGGCCUUCCAGGAGCUGUGCGACCACCUGGAAGUCAAGCCCAUCGAGUCCAGGAUCUUCUACCACAAGCUCAAGUCCAAACUCAACUACUGGAAGGCCAAGGCACUCUGGGUAAAGUUAGAUAAGAGGGCCAGCCAGAAGGAGUACAAGAAAGGCCGUGCAUGUGCCAACUCAAAGUGUCUGAUCAUUGGUGCAGGACCAUGCGGCUUACGUACAGCCAUCGAGCUGGCUUUCCUGGGGGCCAAAGUGGUGCUGCUGGAGAAGAGAGAUGCCUUCUCUAGGAAUAAUGUGCUGCACCUCUGGCCCUUCACCAUUCAGGACCUCAGGGCUGGGGCAAAGAAGUUCUAUGGAAAGUUCUGUGCUGGUGCUAUCGAUCAUAUCAGUAUUCGUCAGCUUCAGCUAAUGCUGCUCAAAGUGGCUCUCCUGCUGGGCAUAGAGAUCCAUGUCAAUGCCGAGUUUAAGGGCCUCAUUGAGCCCCCUGAAGAUCAAGAGACUGAAAGGAUUGGUUGGAGGGCUGAGGUCCACCCCAGGACACACCCUGUCAAUGAGCUGGAGUUCGAUGUCAUUAUUGGAGCAGAUGGAAGGAGAAACACGCUACCAGGGUUUCGGCGUAAGGAGUUCCGGGGCAAGCUUGCCAUUGCCAUCACCGCUAACUUCAUCAACAGGAACACGACAGCGGAGGCAAAAGUUGAGGAGAUCAGCGGGGUGGCCUUCAUCUUCAACCAGAAGUUCUUUCAAGACCUCAGAGAAGCAACAGGUAUUGACCUGGAAAACAUUGUCUACUACAAGGAUGACACGCACUACUUUGUGAUGACUGCCAAAAAACAGAGCCUGCUGGAGAAAGGAGUCAUUCUGCAUGACUAUGCAGACACAGAAGUGCUGCUGUCCAGGGCUAAUGUGGACCAGGCUGCCCUGCUGUCUUAUGCCCGCGAGGCUGCGGAUUUCUCCACCAACCACCAGCUGCCCACGCUGGACUUUGCCAUCAACCACUACGGGCCACCUGACGUAGCCAUGUUCGACUUCACCUGCAUGUACGCGUCAGAGAACGCCGCCCUGGUGCGCCAACGCAACGGCCACAAGCUGCUGGUGGCGCUUGUGGGAGAUAGCCUGUUGGAGCCCUUCUGGCCCAUGGGCACUGGCAUCGCCCGAGGUUUCCUGGCAGCCAUGGACUCAGCUUGGAUGGUGAAGAGUUGGGCUCAGGGAAAAACUCCUCUAGAGGUUCUGGCUGAGAGGGAGAGUAUAUACCGUCUACUGCCCCAAACCACACCGGAAAACGUCAGUAAGAACUUCAGUCAUUACAGUGUGGAUCCUACUACACGUUACCCCAACAUUAGCCUCAACUUCCUCAAGCCCAGCCAGGUGAGGCACUUCUUUGACACGGGGGAGUCCAGGGAAAUGCGCAUUGAAAUUGAGAAUGUGAUCAACUCAUCAACACCCAAGUUGGCCAGGAAUGACAAUUACCUGCUUGACAAGCAGUUACAAGAGUCCAUAGCUCGGUCCAGUAAACUGCUCAACUGGUGCCAGAGACAAACGGAGGGAUACAGGAACGUUCACGUAACGGACCUUACUAUGUCUUGGAAGAGUGGUCUGGCCCUGUGUGCCCUCAUUGACCGAUACAGACCGGACCUCAUUGACUUUGAUUCCCUGGACGAGCGAGACCAGGAGAAGAACAACCAGUUGGGUUUUGACGUGGCGGAGAGGGAAUUUGGCAUCUCGCCGUGUAUGACUGGCAAGGAGAUGUCUUCUGUGGUAGAGCCAGACAAACUCUCUAUGGUCAUGUACCUCAGCCAGUUCUAUGAGAUGUUUAAGGACACAGUGCCACCUGGAGAUAACCACAACUUGAGUCCUGAGGAGAAAGCAGCACUGAUCACCAGCACCAAAUCUCCCAUCUCCUUCCUCAGCAAACUUGGUCAGAGCAUAGCAAUCUCCAGGAAACGAAAUCCAAAGGACAAAAAAGAGAAGGAUGUGGACGGUUUGGGGAAGAGAAGGAAAACCAGCCAGUCUGAAGAUGAGGAGGUAUCCAGGGCCAGUCGUGACGACAGGCCGUCUGUCCCAGCUAUCCUGUCGGAGAGAAAAAUGGACUCCUCUGCUGUGGGGAACCACAACAAAGUCAAGGUCAUGGCCAACCAGCUGCUGGCCAAGUUUGAGGAGAACGCUCCACAACCUACAGGACUCAAAAGACAGGGGGAGUCUCUGCCCAAUCUGGAUCGCCUUUUGUCCCCUACCACGUCCCAAACCCCUCUUAAUGAGCCAGUGCGCCUUGCACCUGUCCCAGCCUGGAGAAAGGCCAGAAGUGGCGCAGACCAACUGUCCAGCUCGGGUUCUCGGAGCUGCCCAAAGAAAAUCAUUCUUCUCCCUUCUUCCUCCUCCACUUCCUCGCUCUCUCUUCACUCAGAGCAUUUGUGUAACAGUCCGGAGGAAGAAGAACUUGAAUACUACGAGAGACCUCUGAAACACGGGGAGUGGAAGCCGCUGCACCUGACAGACCCCGGACCCAUUCACAUACCUGGUAUACAGGAGAGGGCUGACCGCCUUAUCUCCAAGUUUAAGGGCAAACCUGACAGGCCACCAAAGCCUAAGAAAAAGCCGUCCCGUUUGUUUUUAGAGCAGUGGAAGUUGUCCUGUGACCUGACUGAGAGCCCUGGUUCACCACUAUCCUCUCCUGACGCUUCCAGAAAGGAGCCCGCAAUGCCUCUGCACUCUGAUGAUCAAAUGCCCUUAUAUGUGCUUAGUAUUCAAGAGAGGGCUGAGCAACUUGCCUCUCGGUUUGAGGGCAAGCCAGCCGGACCACAGCCUAAGAAAAAGCCCUCACAUUUUUUUAUGGAGCAGUGGCACUUGGCCCGAGCCCGGUCUCCACCUGAUUCUCCCCUCUCCUCCUCUGACACCUUGAGACAGCGCUAUGUAAGGAUGUACACAGGCGGCGUUAGCACAUUGGCUGAGCAAAUAGCCAAUCAGCUUCAUUCUCAGGAAGACCCUAAGCCCCCACCUGAAAAGAGGGAUUUGGGCUCUCUCAGAAAAGAGUUCCCUGUCAAUAUUGGCGGCAGCGAUGUGUGCUUCUUCUGCCGAAAGCGUGUGUAUGUGAUGGAGAGGCUGAGUGCAGAGGGGAAGUUCUUCCAUCGCAGCUGCUUCAAGUGUGAAUACUGUGGCACCACACUACGACUUUCCUCCUAUGCCUUUGAUGUGGAAGAUGGGAAAUUUUACUGCAAGCCCCACUACUGUUACCGUCUGUCUGGCUACGCUCAGAGAAAGAGGCCUGCUCCCUCCCCUGCUCCAAUCACUGCUAAGGAAAACCAGGCACCCCAAACUCCUACGGCGACCGUGGACGCCCCCGGAAGAGCGAUGGCAGCAGCAGCCCCCUCGGCCGAGCUCCAGCCCUCAGUACCGGAGGUCAACGGCCUGCAGGAGCCUAGUCUAGCUAAGCGUCUGCGGGGAACUCCAGAGCGCAUCGAGUUGGAAAACUACCGCCUGUCCCUGCAGCGGGAGGAGGAGCUGGAGGAGGUGCCAGAGGAGACACUGGCAGAGCACAACCUCAGCAGUGUGCUGGACAAGGCCACAGAUGCUGACCUGGGCUCCAGUAGCUCGGAGUCAGACAUGGAGGAGGAGGACGAGCAGGAGGACCAGGAUCAGGAUCAGGAGGAGGUGGAACAGCAAGCUCCCAGCCCCUCAGACCUUGGCGGCGUUCCCUGGAAGGAUGCGGUAGGGCUUCACGCCAAGCUGAGGGGUGAGGAGGGAGAGGACGAGGCUUUGGCCGACGCGGUCAGCAGAGACGGGGAAGUAGAUGAAGAGGAGGAGGAGGAGGAGGAGGAGGAGGAUGAAGAUGAGGAUGAAGAUGCUGAGGAGUCAAGCGAUGAGGGGGAUUACUGCCCCUGGAAUAGAGAGCUCCAGUCAGGCCUUUGGCUGGAGAAGUACCUCACAGAUGAAGAGGAUGUUGGUACAUUUAAAGCCAGGAACGUACAGAUCCAACAAAUCCUGCAGCCUGUGGAUCCCCAGGCCAUUCCAGGUUUGGUGAGAACACACCUCGACUCUGAGGGAGACAAGGAUGGCCAGCCGGCCUCUGCCUCCCAACUCUCCCAGCCCUCUGAGCUCACGCAGCCCUCCUCCACAGCCCCUGCCCACACAUCCGCCCGACACGAGGCAGUGAGAGUCUGGUUGGAGUCCAUGUCUGGAGAGCCCUGUGAGGAUGAGGAUCUAGAAGCAGAAGCAGACAGUCCAGAUAUGGAACCUGGUACAGAGAUGGAUCAGGAUGACAUCCCUUCAGAUGCAGAGGCUGAGGCUCGUUUGCAUCAGCCUGAGUGUGCUGAAGUGCUUCCAGAGGAAGACAAGAAAUCAGAAAGUCUGACUGUCACCUCCAGUAUUGAACCAUCCUGUGUCAGCCCCAUGCAGAAAGAAGAAGUUGUCCUUUCCCCACUCAAACCAGCUCCAGAGCCUGAAACACAGUCUCCGGGCUCCCGCUUUUUCCCAGACCUGUUCAUUCCUGAGGAAGUGAAGAGGAUAACUCCAUGUCCUUCUCCAGCCGCCAAGAGUCCACUGUGCCCUUCGCCAGUCCAGGAUCCUUCUUCUGUCCCUUCUCCUACUAUUGCUGCCGCUGCUUCCCCUGUCAAUGUCCCUGCUUCACCUCCACUUAUUUCACCCACCAAAUCACCCAAUAGCUCUCCAGUCAAGCCAGACAUCGAGUCACCUGUCAGAUCACCCAUCAGAUCCCCCGUCAAGUCACCUGUUGGCUCCCCAAUCCGCUCUCAGCCCACCCCCCUACCAGAGACUUGCAGGCCUAAAUCUCCGGUCUAUCCUCACCGCUCUAUUUGCCCUCUCACGGGCAACCCCCUCUCCCCGAUCUGUGCUCAGCCUUUGCCCUGCCAGGAACCUUCAUCCCCUCUCAUCUCUGACUCUCCCGUGAGAACUCAGCCUGUCCCCGCAGUCACUUCUACGCCCAUGACCAAAACAGACAAGGGAACACCUGAGUCCUCAAUGCCCAUAGAUUCCUCAACAGAGGAAACUCCAUCUAAAAAGGCAGAUAUCAUUGAGGAAUUUUGGUUAAAGAGUGCAGAGAUCAGGAAGAGCCUCGGGUUAUCUCCUUUGGACCGCAGUAGUAAAAUCUUAGAGAGGAGCGCUGUUAAGGCUCCAACGCAGGACUCCACCCCUGUUAAGACUCAUUAUCCAGGUGUGUCUGAGGAACAGAAGCCUGCUUUUACUGGCCGCGCUGUCAUUCGCAGACUCAACAUCACUCUUGAGGGUCAGGUCAUUACCCCCAUUGCUCCUGCAGAGCCCAAGAGUAAUGGCUCUGAUAAGAGGGACCUCAGCAGCAGCUCUGGCUUGGGGUUGAAUGGAAGCAUGCCCACGAGCCAGACAGCAAACAGUGACAGCUACAGCACGUCUGACUCCACUAUGCUCACCCCACCCUCCAGCCCACCACCACCUGUGCCUGCUAAUCAGUCUCCAGCCGUGCUCAGGCAGCAGAGACACCAGGUGUCCUGGAGCAACGGAACAGAGAAACCUCGAUUUGAAAGUGCCAAAGAGCCAGCAAAAACCAAGAGUCCUAUUCCUGCUCCGAGGGCCCAGCUGAGCCCCGUGUCUGCACCCAAACCCGCACCCAGGAAAGCCGCCUCACCCGAGGCAAAUCCCGAAGCUGCUCCAGUCGUUGUCAUGAGGGAGAAGAAGAAGAAGCCCCGGCCAGAGGAGGUGAGGAAGUCGUUUGUGGAGACAGUGGAGGAGAUUCCGUUUGCUGAUGACGUGGAGGAAACCUACGAUGAGCGGACACCAGACACGAGCAUGAACAGGUACUAUACUCCACCCACCAGCAAACCCAGCAGGGACAAACCUCCCCUACAUCUGGCUCUAGCAAUGGAAAACGGUAAACCCAAUAUCUCUGUCAACCCAACCUCAAAGAACCAGAGGGCAACUCAGUUCUCCCCAGAGGCUAAGGAGAUCGCUGAGGAGAGAAUAAGGGCACGAGAAAAGUCCAUCAAGAGCCAGGCUCUGAAAGACGCCAUGGCCAAGCAGCUGAACAAAAUGAAAGAAUCUGACAUAGACAAGGGUGCCUCACCUAAAGUGGCCUGGAGUGUAACCCCAGAGGCUGCUGGAAAAAGUAAAAAAUCAGCCGUAUCUCCGAAGAUGUCAGCCGUGAAAGCCCUGGAGUCGAAGAAGGCAGAGACUAUACCCGAGCGUUUCUUCAGCAGCAACAAGAGUCUAGACAGCUCGGUGGCAUCGUCGGAUGGCUCCUCUACGAGUAAGAGCAAAAAACGAAGUUCCCUCUUCUCACCGCGCAAGAAUAAGAAGGAGAAAAAGGCCAAGAACGACAGCAGCAGGCUCUCCAGCACGGACGAGACACCGCCCAAACACAAGUCACUGUGGAAGGCUGUGUUCUCAGGGUACAAGAAGGACAAAAAGAAAAAGGAUGAUAAAUCAUGUCCAAGCACGCCAUCCUCAAGUUCCACCACUCAGGACUCUGGGAAGAAGAAAAUGUCACCUCCUGGGAAAUCAUCAGACUUGAAAUCACGCAGAAACUUGAGCUUCUCAGAGGACUCAGACCUGUCCUGCGACGAUGUCCUGGAGAGGUCCUCCCAGAAGUCAAAGGCAGAUUCUGUUUAUGUCCCUCACGCACUGGCAUUCAAGAGAUCGUACGCCUCAAAGAAAACCUACACAGAAGAAGAGCUGAAUGCCAAGCUGACACGGAGGGUCCAGAAGGCCGCACGACGACAAGCCAAGCAGGAAGAACUCAAGAGGCUGCACAGAGCCCAGAUCAUCCAGAGGCAGCUGGAGCAGGUGGAGGAGAAGCAGAGACAGUUGGAAGAGAGGGGCGUAGCUGUGGAAAAAGCUUUGAGAGGAGAAGCAGGAUUGUAUAAAGGUACUUAUACAUUACCCAAACAGCACAAAAGAAGAUCAGACUAUUGGGGAGAUUCUAAUUACAGUGAAAUCCUGGACUUGCAUCUGGGCGGCAUGGGCAAGAAGGACGAUCCCAAGCUAAUGCAAGAGUGGUUCAAGCUGGUGCAGGAGAAAAAUGCCCUGGUCCGCUAUGAGUCAGAACUCAUGAUAUUUGCCAGAGAGCUGGAGCUGGAGGACCGGCAGAGCCGACUGCAGCAGGAACUCAGGGAGCGAAUGGCUGUGGAAGACCACCUGAAGACUGAGAAGGAGCUCGCACAAGAGAAGCAGAUCCUGAAUGAGAUGUUGGAGGUGGUGGAGCAGCGUGAUGCCCUGGUGGCCCUCUUGGAGGAGCAGAGGCUUCGGGAGAAGGAGGAGGACAAGGACCUGGAGUCCGUUAUGCUCUCCAAAGGAUUCAACCUCAACUGGGCUUAAGAGGAGUGAAACAAUUGACUUCUGUAAUGGUCAUCUUUGAAUCAGAAUAGGCUGCUGAACACCUGCAGCAGUGAAUGUGUAAAGAUUCCCCCAACACAUACACACACACACACACACACAUGCACACACUACGGCUGUCUCUGACAUUGGGGUAGUCUGCAACGUUUACAUAUCCUCUGCCCAAAGGCAGUCCAAGUUAAUCACUUUGCAGUUUUGCUUGUUUUGCUCUCUCUCUGUGGGUGGAGAGGCGAGGACAUUCACAGCUUUAUCAUCCCAGCCUUGAAGUGGAUUCUCUCAAACAGGGAAGGGAGGAGGGACGGGGGGCUUGGGGAGAAUGUUAAAGACUCGUUUCAUUCUCGGUUAUCUAAAGGGAAUAGUGCAGUUCAGUCCUGCUGAUGUAAAGGAAUUGUAAAGAAUUGUGUUUUUCUGUAUAGUUGUGUAGAACAAGUCACAUAUUCAGCGUAGGAGGGUCAUCUCUUCCAUAAAGGACUGCUGCAGAGGUGGGUUUUAAAUGCUGGAGUGAUGUCUCCAGUGUCGAUCUCAGAUUCUCCUUUUCAGUCUGACUGUGGGGAGGACAUCCUCUGCUGAAGCUGCCUUUCUAUCCAGUGACAAACUGACUUCCGCAUCUUAAUGAACCACAAAGACAACAAGGAAAUCUAGCCCCCUCUCUUUUUUUCCCUCCACAGAGUGUUUAGUGAGUCAACACUAAGAAUUCAUUAAAUAAGGCCAUGUUUUUAUGCAUUUAUUAUCUUUUGUUUGCAUUUAACAGAUAAAUAUUUUCUUUUGUUUUGCAUUCACAGGAGAGUGCCCAGAAUCUCAUUGUCUUGUACUUGUGCAUAUCUCCCAGGCACCCGUAAGCCAUUGCAUGUCGGGAAUGAAGGCUGCAGGCAAAUAGAAGAACUUAACCUUGUCUUUGAUAGCGAGGACACAGAAAACAGACUUACACUUUAUAGGAACACUAAAUCAUUUCACAUGACUUGAUAAUGACGGGCCUCUUCGGGACAUGCCAUUCACUGUAUAUCACACUGACAGUUUGAAGUUUACAAAUACAUAUCGAUCGUGUUCAAGUUGGUAAACUGUAGCGAGGUAAAACAACUGUUAAAAGGAGUCAUCUCUGAAGGAACUGUCUCGUCAUGUUCAGAUACAUGUCCUACAAUAUGUGUAGGACGUCAUCGUUAAUGAAGCCGAUUUCACUGUUAGUGGAUGGUCAGCGUAGCUCACAUUAUUCAUUUUGUGCCACAGGACUGUCUCUGUUGGUGGAUGCGCUGCAAUAUCUGAGGAGUACACCACAAGAACUUACACACUUACACCAGUAUAUGGCAGUGUUAAUACUUUACCCUUGAACUAGAUGCCUUUUUUUAUUUUCAUUCUCCAUACUUAUUAUAUUAUAUUAUUUCAUUUCUGAGUUAUCUUGUUUUGGAGGUAGUCACAUCCAUGUAACCCACUGGAACUUGAGAUUUUUUUACCUGUUUUUUUUUUCUCAAAUACUUUUAUCCAGCCGGUCCCCAAACAAACAAAUAGAUUACUUUAAAUGGGGCGCUAAAGAAAUGCAAAGUGCUUGAUGAGCAACUUGUAUCAAACAGGAACAUUGUGGUUUAUCUGGUAGGCAGUCACAUCCAGUAGCCUUUAUGACAACUGUACAAAUCCAGGCGGUCACUGUUUUACAGCACAGAAACACUAGAGGCUAUAUUUAUGACUUGGUAUGAGCUGUGAAUAUAUAAAAAAAAAAAAAGAAAAGAGAAAAAAAAGUUAUAUAAUUUUAAGGGUUGUCAUUUUAGAUGGUGCGUCACACAUUUGACAUGAUUGUAUUGAUAUUUAUUAACAUUUGUGCAAACUGUAUUAUAUGUAAAGAAAAUGAAUCCUAAUUUUUAAAGCGUUCUGUUGACACAAGACUUGUAAUGUAAAUGCUUCAUGUAGCUAAAAUGCAUAGGGGUGUUGGAUGUAUGCUGAGAACGGCAAUAAAACAAUGCAGUUGUUCUUUUAACUGUUUGUUCACUAAAAUGUUAUUUUUUAAUUGUAUGGAUUAUGAUUAUCAACAAGUAGGGUCAAUAUGGGCAGAAAUGUCGACGUGAUAUGAAAACUUUCUUUGAUCGUGAAGCCUUAUUUUACUCUUCAGUUCUGUGGUUUAUCAGUGAAGUGUGUCAGUUGCACUGCAGACACUCUGCUCAUAUGAAACGUCUGUAUCCUCACUGCGCUGCAUUAUUAUAAACUAUGAUGAAAUAGCCAUGA